AUGAAUAUCGCAACUUUAUUAUUGCUUUCCUUUAGUGUAGUGUCAUGCGUAGGCAUCGAAGAUGUAUCAGAUGACCCGCUAACAAUUUUUGACCCUAUGGAAACCGAAGGGGUCUUUUCACAAUACGAUGAGCCAAACGAUGCUGACCCAUUGCCAGAUCUCUCUCCAAUAGAUGAGGAUAUCGAUACCGACAUCGAAGAAGUAGAUGAGGAGGACACAUCACCUGAUGAGUUUUUCGAUUCUGAAAUCAAGGAUGCCAACAGACUAAGCUGUCCAUUUUCAGGAAAAAACUGCAGGUUCAAGAAGGCAAAGUGCAGAUGUAGUUCAAAUGACGGAGAUUUCAAAUUCACCAUGAAAAAGUUCGGUACGGUUGAUGACGGCAAAACUGAAGGAUCACAAUCCGGAUCUGAGAAACAGGACAAAGACGAAGGACAGUCUAUGUCUCAACAACAAGCAAAAAGUGAUGAACAGCCUAUGUCUCAACAACAAGAACCUGAGCCAUCUGCCAAGGAAAUAGUUCAAGAAGUGCCAGAAAUGAUCGAGGGGUUCCAGAUGUUAGAGCAGUUAAACGAUCCAACACAAGUAGUACUUGGUGAGUCCCCCGAAGGUGCAGAUUCACAAGUAUCAUCCGACGAUUCUGGACUCCAGAUGGUCCCUUCUGCCACUAAUAAAGAUGAAUUUGAAGACAAGACCAUCAGAGUUAGAACCGAAGAUAAGAAGGACAAGAACAAGAAGGUUCAUGAAUAUGAGUACUUGAGGGUUAAAAAAGUCGACAAAAAGAAUGGUGUUAAGGAAACUCAUCUUGAAUCUCCAGAAUCUGAAAAUCCGUCCGUUAGCUACCACAAGGGAGCAAUUCCAAAGAUGGACCAUUCAGUAAAAUCUAGACUUUCGCCUGUAUUUCCACCUAAAGCUGAUGAAGAAGCUCAAGGUCCCAUCGAGGCUAUUGAAUAUGCUGCACCAUUACCAAUUGAGUACGGAUCUGCUGAUGAUGCACCAGCUGUUUUAACCCCUGCUGAAAAGGUCAAGAGAAAAUUGGCUGAAAUUGAACAACGCAGACUAGCAUCCCAAUCCCAAUCCCAAUCUGCUGCAAUCCCAGCUUAUUAUAACAAGGAAAUGGCCUUAAAAACAUACGAACCAGUUGUUGUUAAAGGAUUAAAGGGUCCUGUUGGCCCAACUACCCCCAAAUUCGUUUCAUUGUCAUAUCCAGGAGGUGUUACUGAUUUAACCGCCAGCCAGUUUUCAGGUGGAGCACAAACCAGGAGUUUGAAGAAGAAGAAGAAUGCCAAAAAGUCCAAGAAGAAUGGCAAAAAGUCAAAAAAGAAUGCCAAAAAAUCAAAGAAGACCAAGGAAGAUAAAUUAGCAGAAAAGGAGAAGAAGAAGGAGUUGAAAAAGAAAAAGAAGUUAAUGAAGGAGUAUAAGGAAAAGACCGACAACACCAUUAUGGAGAAGAUGAAGGAGAGAGAUCGCAUUUUGGCUGAGAAACUUGAGAAGGAAAAGGAGGAGCUUGAGAAGAAGCAAGAGGCCGGAACUUUUAUCGCAAAAAGAGUAAAACAAUUACAGGCCGAGAAGGACAAACAGGAGAAGAAAAUUCGGUUGGCUGAGAAGCAAAUCCAGACCAAGAGAGACCGUGAGAGGAAGCUUGAAAAGGCCGAAAAGUUAAAGCAAAUUAAGAAAGAAAAGAAAUUGCUCAGAGAACAAGAGAAACAAUUGGAUCAGAUGAAAGGUGACUCAAUAGAUGAUGAAGUUGACCCAUCUACAGGGUCUCGCCUAUUGGAAAAAGUUUAA